AUGAAAUUUGUGAUUUAGUGUUUAAUUUAGUUUACUGUUUUCGUAUAUUUCGGCUACUUCUGUACUUACUGUUGAUCAUAAUUAGAUGUUAAAAUAAACUUGCGGAUUAUGCCUGGAACAAACACAAUGGAAAAUAUUAGAAUUGAAUCCACCAAUAUGAAUAUGGAUUCAAACCAGGGAUGGGUAACACCAGAGCCGUCUGCCAAAUCAAGGAAUCAAAAUACAGAAACAGAGGAUUGCAAUGGAUAUAAUGAGCAUUCAUCUAAAACUUCUAGAAAGUCACAUUCAAUACCAAUUGUACAAGUGGCAUCAAAUAUUCAUUUUAUAGAUCCAAAAAAUGAGCAAGAUCCUGAUUUUCAUAAACAUAACAGAGGGAGAGCAUUAUCAACACCAGAAAUAUCUCAACAUAAACAUGAUUCAUUAUAUGUUAUGAGUAAUAUCGAGUCAGAUUCUCCAUCACCAAGGAAAAAAUCAUCAUUAUCUGAGGACAAUCAUAGAGAUAGUAAUCGAUCAUCACACGAAAAGCACAGACAAAAGCGAAACUCCAGAACCUUAUCACAACCAUUAUUGAAUUCAAAAAGUUCACCUAAUUUUCAAGAUAUGUUGAAACAAUCAAAUAAUGCAGUUGACAGAUUAGUAUCAGUAGAAGAACAAGAUAAUGAAUCGUCACUACUGAACGGAGUUCGAUAUUCCAACCUUCCACCAAUGUGGGAGAAUAAAAGAAGUCAUCUGAGAAAAACAAAGAGCAGUUUGAAUCUAAAUACUCAACCUCUUCAUCAACAUCAAUCUCGAACAUCAACUCCUGGUGAAAUGAGAAGAAGCACUCUGUUGUUUGACUUAGAACAAAUAAGCCCUUUCGGAAGUCGUGCCAAUACUCCAAGACUUUCGUCUCGUCAAAGCACAAGAAGUCGAAUCCUGGAUCCAAUUCCUCAUAAACCGACAGUAUUAAAUAACAAUGGAGAAGAAAUAUCUGACAGAAUAUCUCCUCCACUCUAUUCAUCCGGUGUUCCAGUGAGUAUGGGUCAUCCAGGAACCCCACAGCUUGAACCACUGAGACAUCGUACUUCCACGCCCCAAAUUAUAAUUGAAGAUGAAGGCUUACUGCAAUUUAUGCCGAAGAGAAGACAAUCUCUUGAUCCAAUCGCAAGCACAUGUAAACGACCACCAUCAAGAAAUGGUUUAAUGCCAGAAAUGGAUGAAAGCAUUUCUGAAAAUAUGGUUGAUCAAGACCAAGACAUAGAAAGAGAAAAUGCAGAAAUUUUUGGACCUGCUAAGGCUGACAUACUAUUAAAUCUAAGAUAUUCUCCAUCUGGGACAUCACCUCCAGCUUACACAUUCUCUUCAAAACCUCAAAAUAAUUAUGUUGGUUUACAUGAUCACGAUCAGUUGAAAACGUCCAAAACUAUGAAAAAAAGAAGGCCAGGUACAGGGCUCAUUAGUCCUGCUUUAAGAGCUGAAACGGCUUUUUCCCAGCAUAAAAUACAGAAAACAACAAUUCAAAAAGAUACUGAUGUCAGUGACGCCAAUGGGAUUCAGGACACUGAAGUCAAACGCCUCACAAAUCAUAUGGAAAUGUCACACCGAAACAAUAAUUCCAACUGUAAUAACAAAAGCAUUUGUGGUAGUUCAACAGAACCCAUUAAAGAAGAAAUGCAGAAGACAAUCUCAAAUUCCAAUAUUGUAGAUGAAUGUGCCAUUUCCCAGAGUCAUAAAGGUUAUAGUAUUGACAUAAAGCAACCAAUCUCCUUUGUAAGUCUCGAAGAACUCGAAGCAGCAUCUCCGAUAUUUGCUGAGUCAAUAACAAGGGACGACGAAUCACAAAAAGUAAAUACUGGUGAAGUAGAAAUCUCGACGAAUGUUUUUUCAAACGGUAACUCCAAUAACAUGGAAUAUUUGACUAAUAAAGACGAGGGUACUUUUUCACUGCAGGUUUCUGAUAAAAUAUCAAGUGUGGACAAACAAAUAAACCCAUUUGAGAGGCAAACCUCAGUUAAAUUAGUUGUUUCAGAGCAAGACAGUGCAGUGUCAAUUACUUUAACACCACCUGAAGAACAUAUAUCUCAGGUAGAAGUGAAGCAAUCUAAUUCUGUUGCAAAAAAGACAUCGUUAUCAUCUAGAGCUGCUGAAGCAACAAACAGAUUAUACGAACCUCCAAAGAAAGUGUUAUCAAAAGUAUCGAACAUAUUAAAUAAAAAUCAAAUGAGACCCGGAAGAAGUAAAAGCAAAAGUCAGAUAUUGAGUAACGAUCGUGAUAGAUCUAUGAGCUCAGAUAAAUCAAAAACACAACAAAAAGCAAAACCAAAGAAAGUAACAAACACUAUGGGAUCAAGACCAUCAAACUUGAAACCAAAGAAAGCAAGAAGUACAAUACCAGAUAAAUCGAAGCAGAAGCCUACCGCGAGCAAACAAGCAGAGCAAAAAUCCAAUGGAAACAAAAAUGAAAACGAACGGUCAGCACGGAUAGCUAAAGGCCUCGAGUAUGAAAAACGAACAGAAAAGACGUUACGUCGUAUAGAGGAGCGUUUAAACUCACCCGCUGUGAAAUCAAAACGUGAUAAUGACCACAGCUCUCAGAGGAGUACAAUGGCUAGUACACCGGUGAUUGUGGAGGCGUAUCCUAAGUGUGACGAGGAUGAGGAAAACUUACUAGAUAAAGUGAGAGUAACUGUUCCAAAUGUGUCAUACCCACGGCGGAUAAAAUCAGCAUCAGCUAGAAAGCCGAAGACCCAGUCAGCCAAUAAAAAGCGAAGAGAUUGUAAAACCCCGACUGGUGAUAAUGAAAUUUGUGUGACAAAUCCACAAAACAGCGAUAAAAUUGUACGGGCAACCUCUGCAGGACUUGUUAUAGAAAAAGGCUUGAGGCAAUCUGGUAGACCAAAGAAGGGUAGAAAAGGAAAAUACAUUCCGGAAUUUGAACCUGAAAAUGAAUUACCAGCAGAUUUCGAUCCUUUGAAACAUGCUAUUCUGUCAGGACCAGAUUGGCAUGUUGUUGCAGCAAAAAAUUAUGAAAAUAAAUCAGAAAUGGGUACAGAACUAGUUUUAGAAGAAAAUCAUGGUGCAGGUGACACGUCAUCCACUAUCAAUGACAAAUUAACCCUUUUCACACAAGGUGAAAUUUCUAAUGAAAAUUACACUGCACCAUUAAGUCCAAUACAAGAAGUUUGCAGCAGUGGGCAAAGCUCUCUUAGAACAAACUCUUCAACUCUUUUCCGUAACGAUGAAAAUACAACUAAUAUCGAUAAAUCACGUCGGGAGAUAUCAAACACAGAUCAAAUCGCUUCUGAGAAAUCAAUAGAAGAUAAGUUGAAAGACACUUUACACAUAAAUGCUAUUGAUAUUGAAAACCCAACACAAAACAAAAAUUUGCAAGAUGAUAUUAACCCUUUCACUAAGAAAGCAGACGAAUCGAACAAUGUUAAAUUAAUUACAAAUGCCAUGGUCAGAAAUUGUUCAUCACCAAAUGAGUAUGGUAUAGAGGAGAUACCACUGCCUGAUAAUCCUUCCAUAAAACAUUCACCUUCCAAUCAAAUUGACUGCUUUAAAGACAUUGAAACGAAAAACUUGUUGGACGAUCCUCAGUUUAUUGCAAUAAAAAACGUUGAUGGUUCUGAUGUCAUUAUAAAAGAUGAAAAAUUGGUAUUUUCGUUUUCACAUUCUGGAGAAAAAUCGAAGCAAUCACUCGGUGAUACUGAUGAAGUGUUUCUUCCUGUUGUGGAAUCUGCUGAUACAGAUUCAAUUCUGAAUGAAAGUCGGUCACCUUCUGAUGAUAAAGGUGAAAGAAAUAAUGAAAGUGAAGAAGAUAAUGAUGAAACAGAUGAAGAUGAACUUGACGUCGCAGCAAAAUUGCAGAAAAUAAUGCGAUCCAUGCGACAAAGAUCUGAACUUGAUGCUCAUACAUUAAUGAAUUAUAGAAAAUCAAAUGACGAAAAUGAUUAUGAAGAAAACAGUGACGCAUCUUCAGAAAAUGACACAGAUAUAGGAACUCUAACAGAGAAAGAACUUGAAACAAAAUAUUGGAAAGAAUAUUAUAAAACACCUGUGCUAGAACCAGGAGUAUUAUCAUUGCUAUUCGGUGAAGACAAUUCCCAAUCACAGUCUGUUACUGAUCAAAUCUCGAGAGAUUCAGUUCCGCUGAAAAAAGUUAAUUUUCCGAAUCAAGUUGAAGAUUUCCUCGGGAAAAGUGAGGGAUUUAAGCUAGAUAGCAGUACAAUAGAUCAUUACAGCAAAAAUGAAAAUUUUAAAUCUAGUGACGGAAAUGAAGAAAUGCCAGAAAAUUAUGAUUUUGUUCCAUUUGAGCGAUUCCCCAGUUGUGUAACUAAUUCUUCCGAAAACACUCUUAUUGGAGAUAUUCCCUUCCAAAAUAUAGAUGAAAAACAUGAUAUGAACGCCAAUGAAAUAUUUCAAUCUGUGGAUGAUAUGGACAAUUUCUCAUCUCUUCAAAAUAAUGAUUCUGAUGAUGAAGAAAUUAUGCUGGAACUUGAAAAAACAUUGCAAGCGCCAUCAGAUUCAGAGAAUACAGUUGAAGAUAACGAAAAUAAAUUUGAUGAUGAAGAUUCUAGACCAAAUUCCGCUGGAUCGUUCAAAGGUCUUAAAUUAACUCAACAAACUUUACGACAACACAAUAAAGAACAAGAGAAAGUUUCAGAACAAGAAGAAAAUAAUCAAUCAUCUUCCAUGUAUCAUAUUCAAAAGUAUAAAGUAUCAGAUAGGCUCAAUAUGCAAUCAAGAGCAUCUGCUUUCACAAAAACAACAGAAUAUAGUCAGAAUUCUGACAGCACAAUGAAAGCUGAGCUUGAUACUGCUGCAUGUUUGGGAUGGAGAAAAGGAAAAGAGCUUGGACAUGGAUCAUAUGGAACAGUGUAUGAAGGUCUUACAAGAGAUGGACAGUUGAUUGCAGUAAAGCAGGUUGAAUUACCUGUACAUGAUCGUCAAACUGCAGAGAAAGAGUUCAAACAAAUACAACUUGAAGUUGAUUUACUUAGAGCAUUAAGACAUGAAAAUAUUGUCAGCUUACUUGGAACAUCCUUGGAAGGAAAUAUGGUCCUGAUUUUCAUGGAACAUAUAGCUGGUGGAUCAAUAUCAUCAAUUCUGCAGCAAUAUGGUCCUUUGAAAGAAAGAAUCUUCAGAAAAUACACCAAACAGAUUUUAAACGGUGUUGAGUAUUUACAUGAAUCGUCUGUUGUUCACAGAGAUAUAAAGGGCAGUAACGUGAUGUUGAUGACAUCAGGAAUAAUCAAACUCAUUGAUUUUGGAUGUGCAAAGCGUUUGAAAGAGAAUUCAUUUAAAAGAGAAUCAGAGAAUAGCGAUGAUGGAAGAUUAUUAAAAUCAUUACGUGGUACACCAUAUUGGAUGGCACCAGAAGUUAUAACUUCUGAAGGGCACGGACCAAAAAGCGAUAUUUGGAGCAUCGGAUGUACUGUUUUUGAAAUGGCAACAAAAAAGCCUCCUCUUCGAGACAAGGAGCCUUAUCAAGCAAUGUAUUACAUUGGUGAUGGUAACAAAAUGCCGGAAUUGCCAAGACCACAAUUUUCAAGAUCAGCAGUUGACUUUGUUAGAAAAUGUUUGAUAAGGAAACCUGAUGACAGACCGACAGCAAAUGAACUCCUUAAUCACAGGUUUAUUUUGCAUAAAAAGAAAAGAAAGCCAGACAAGAAGGAAGAUGUGGAUUAAGUCACAUUGUUUUAAAAAACAUUAGUUGCGCAUAUCAAAAAUGUUUAAAAAGCCUCUGCCAAUCAGGAAAGACCAUUACUAUUUAACUGUGAAUUUCACAUCUAAUAUAUGCAAAUUUGCAACCACAGUAUCUUUUCUUCCAGUGAUAAAGUGCCAAAGAACACGAUUUCAACCAUGUUAAACAAAAUAUUGGAUUUUUUUAUACUGUUAGGUCCAAUUGUUGCUUCCAUUUUUUAAAAUAUUUUGUGCGUUUUCUGUAUAUCCCAAUUUUUAUACAAUUUUGUUAGAAAUUUCUCACAUCUUUAGAAAAUGAUAUUCCAUAAAGUGGCUUGGCAUACGAAUACUUCUAGACAGAAUAACUUGUUCCAUAUCAGUAAAAAAACCAAUGGUUACGUAAAACAUCUUACAAAAUGGUAAGAUUGUCUUUUACUAUAUAAUCAUGGGGAUUGAUUGUAUAUUUGUAUCUAUAUGAUCUGUGCAUUUUCUACUACUUCUUCCAUUUAUAUUGAAUUCAACUUUUUCCUUACUUCAAAUCAAAAUGAAAUCAGCCAACGUGUACAAUGUUAAAUUAUUUUACAAUGCUUUCAGAUUAAAACGAAUCAAAUGUCAGUCCCGAACCUCAACUAUCGUUGUUCAUCUAUGUUUAUUUGUAAAUGUGUUUUUAUUAAAACUUUUUCAACAAACCUGCUGGCAGGUUCUAAAUAAUGAUUUUUUUAUAACAAUGAUUUACCUAGUUAGUUUUAAACUUGCCUCUUCUUCACUAUGAUAUCUUUUCUAUGAAAUUCAUUCAGUGAUUAAAUUAAGUUCUUUCACGAUACUGUGACUGUUCCAUUUUCUGUACAUUGGAAAUAAGAUUUUAUAUUUUAAGUAUCAUUUAUGAUAAUAAAAACAUCACUGA